AGAAUUCUACUGUUACGGCGAGCGAAAGGAUCAAAGCCGCUCGGCAGCAGCGGUAGCAGCAGCACAUUUUGUGCACGUUGGUCUGUCUGUGGGCAGAAGGAAACUCUCGUUGUACGCCUGCUUUGCAUAAGGAGCUAUAACUCCUCUCCUUCACAGUGUCACACACCCUACCUGAAGUCAUGGCAGACCAGGUGGCUGCCAUGUGUGAGCAGCUCAUCAAAGCUGUCAAUGUGAUGAUGGAUCCGGAAACGAACCAAAUUUACCGACUGGAGGCCUUAAAGUUCUGUGAAGAAUUUAAAGAAGGGAACUCCUUAUGCAUCCCAUGUGGCCUGCAAUUAGCAGACAAAGCCCAACCUGCUGUAGUAAGACACUUUGGUUUCCAAAUCCUGGAGCACAUCAUCAAGUUCCGAUGGAACGACAUGCAGCAGGGAGAGAAAGUGGAGUUAAAGGAGUGCACCAUGCAGCUGUUAUCGAAAGGAACUCAUUCUGUCCUGGAGGAGGAGAGUCAUAUCAAAGAUGUCCUGUCCAGGAUCACGGUGGAAAUGAUCAAGAGAGAAUGGCCUCAGCAGUGGCCAGGCAUGCUGAAAGAGAUGGAGGCUCUCACUGGUCAAGGGGAGGCACAGACAGAACUGGUGAUGUUGAUCCUGCUGCGGUUGGCAGAAGACGUGAUCACAUUCCAGACGUUGCCCUCACAGCGACGCAGAGACAUCCAGCAGACACUGACCCAAAACAUGGAGAGCAUCUUCACUUUCAUGAUGGCGAUUCUGCAGCUUAAUGUCGAGGACUAUCGUAAACUGAAAGCAUCACCAGGAUGUGAACUAAAGGCCAGAGCACACUGUCGAGUGGCAGUUGCUACGCUGAACACACUGGCAGGCUACAUAGACUGGGUGUCCCUGUUCUACAUCACCUCUGGAAACUGCCGUCUCUUAGAGAUCCUGUGUGUGUUGCUGAGUGAGCCAGAGCUGCAGCUGGAGGCAGCAGAGUGCCUGCUCAUCGCUAUCAGUAGGAAGGGCAAGUUGGAUGACAGAAAGCCUUUCAUGCUGCUGUUUGAUGAUGUAGCCAUACACUACAUCCUCUCUGCAGCCCAGUCAGCAGAUGGACUGGCCACAUGUAAGGAGUCCACAAAGUCUCAAUCGGUGGAGGUGGUGGAACGCCGCUAUGUCUUCCUGAAAAGGCUGUGUCAGGUCCUGUGUGCUCUGGGAGGACAGCUCUUGUCACUGGUGGGUUCAGAAGUAAACAUCGGAAUUCCUUCAAAUCUUGGCAAGUACAUGGAAGCCCUUUUGUCCUUCACUAAACAUCCAAGUCAGUUUUUGAAGUCAUCCACUCUGCAGACGUGGGGAGCUUUGUUCAGACACGAGUCUCUGUCCAAAGAUGCAGUGGUGGUGGAGAUGGCCGUCAAAUACCUCAAAGCCUGUAUGGUCAACCUCGUCAAGACCGGUUUUCCAUCAAGAGAUGAUAAUCCUAGUUGUGAGUAUUCACGUGUGGACUUCGACUGUGACGAGGACUUCAACUUCUUUUUUAACACUUUCCGAGGGCAGCAGGGUGAGUCCAUCAGGAGCGCAUGUCGAAUUGUUCCUCUGCAGGCCUUUCACAUCGCAGCAGAGUGGUUACGCUACCAGAUUUCCAGCCCUAUCGAUAUUGGAGAUGCCAAAUUUAAGACUGCAGAGGGUCUGUGUUCUCUGCUGUCUCCGUCUGUCGUCCAGUGGGACGCAAUGACCAUCUUCAUGGAGUGCGUGUUGGCACAGAUCUUUAAAACUCUGGAAGAGGAGAAGCUGCCGAUAGAUCAGGGCACGGAGCUGCUGCAGGUGGUGCUGAACUACGACAGCAAAGACCCGCUCAUCUUGUCCUGUGUGCUCACCAACAUCUCUGCCCUUUUUCCUUUUGUGGUGCACAGACCUCACUUCCUGACACAGAUCUUAUACAAGCUGUUCAGAGCCAUCACAUUUGAGGUCUGUCAGGACAACAAGGUUCCUCGGCCAAAAGCUGUCAAGAAUGUGAGAAGGCACGCGUGUUCUUCCAUCAUCAGAAUGUGCCGCGAUUACCCACAGAUCAUUCUGCCUUGUUUUGAAGUGUUUUACAACCAUGUGAAGACCCUGUUCUCCAGCGACGGGACACUCAAUCACAUGGAGAAAUACUCACUGAUGGAAGCUCUCGUGCUGAUCAGUAACCAGUUCAAAGACUUUGAGAAGCAGAAAGCUUUUCUAAAUGAAUUGAUGGCGUCGAUGUUGGCGGAGUGGACCUCAGAUGAAAUGAGAAGAGUUCUGAGUGACCCCGCCAUGUUCCUGUCCUACGUCGGAGUCGACCGGGUCAUCGCUGAGCAGAGUGCAGAUGCAGACGCAGCAGGCCUUAACAGGUCGCGGGUCAGUUUCUGUUUGUAUGCCAUGAUGGGGGUCGUCAAACGGGCCACUUGGCCUGCAAACCUGGAGGAAGCGAAGUCUGGCGGCUUCGUGGUGGGUCUCACUUCAGCUGGAGCCCCCAUCUACAGGAACCCCUGCUCUUCCCAGUUUCUACUGUUUCUGCCAAAUCUGUUGGCUCUGAUCAGGACUCUCAACAGUCUGUUCCUCCCGGAGAACAUGGCUCGUCUGAGUGACACCUUUUCUCAAGCCUAUGAGAUGAUGGAGGCAGACAAGAUGACAGCCCUUGGUCUCUCUCACAAUCCUGUGGAUAUAUGUGACGCCCCUGUUUACAAAACCAGCCUGGAGCGCAUGCAGGGAUUUUUCGCCAUUGUGUAUGAAAACUGCUUCCACAUUCUGGGAAAUGUCGGAUUGUCGCUUCAGCAGGGUUUCUACACGAUCGAGAGGCUCCUAGAAAUAGCUGGCUCUGUUUUUGUUUCUCUGGACCACGUGCCAGACCACAGACUUCGCCCUAUGAUUCGCUUGUUUGUGAGGCAGUUGGUGCAGUGGUGUCCUCAGGAGUACUACGACAAUCUACUCUGCCCCCUGCUGGGCCCUCUGUUUGCCUACAUGCAGCAGAGACUAAACGUCAAGUGGCAGGUCAUCAACCAGAGAACGUCUGUGGAUGAUGAAGAAGAGCAGGUUCUUCGUCAAGAGAGUCAGGUGACACAGGAGAUGCUGGAGGAACAGAUGGUGCGGUUGCUCACGAGGGAAGUAAUGGAUCUACUCAGUAUGAGCUGCAUCUCCAAAAAACUGCCUGAAGCAGCAGCAGCAAAUAAAGAAGAAAUAGAUGAGGAGGACAUGAUGAUGGAUUCAGUGCAGACAGCGUCUUCUGCUCAGACCACAGAAGAGCUGACUGAGCUGGGGAAAUGUCUGAUGAAACACGAGAACAUCUACAUGUCCCUCCUGACUCUGUCCUACAACUCCCUGUCGUGGAAAGACACAACCAACUGUCACCGCACCGCCUCCAUGAUCUGCUGGGCCCUUCUACGACAGGUAAUGGGCGGUAACCUCCUUCCUGAGGCUGUCACAUGGUUCCUAACCAGCGUCCUCAGAGGUCUUCAGAUUCACGGGCAGCAUGAAGUCUGCUACAUCGCCCUCUCACAACUGGCCAUGCUCAUCUAUGAAAACCUGCGGCCGCGUUACAUGGAACUGAGAAUGGUCAUGGCUCAGAUCCCAAACAUCAGCCUGGAGGCUUUGGGCCAGUAUGACGAGAGACUAAUGGAUCCCAAUGCUCAGAAGGUUGGAGAAAAGAGGAGGAAAGACCAGUUCAAGAAGCUCAUCGCUGGAGCUGUGGGGAAAGCCCUGUGCCAGCAGUUCAGGAAAGAGGUGCAUAUCCGGAAUCUUCCGUCGCUUUUUAAAAAGCCCAAGCAAGAGAAGGAUCUGAUAGACAGUAGUGAACCUCUGGGCUUGGCAGCUCUCUUCUCCCCAGAGAACAAAAGCCUUUAGUUUAAAACAGACAAUCUACUGACUGAAGACAGAAUCAAACCGUAAUUUCCUCUCAUUUGUUCUGCUGCUAGGACGGUGCGUCGCUACCUUACAUGUCUGUCAACACUUUCUGUUUUAAUUGUUCAUCUUUCAUUUUCAAUUUUGGAGCCAAACCACAUUUUGCCCUGCUUGGCAAUUUUGUUGGGGAAAAAAAAUACAAGAUUACAAAUGGUCUGAUUUCAGGGAACCAACUCUCUGAAACAGUGUGGCGCCAUGUUUAUUUAAGUGAUUGCUUUUUACAGCACGUGUCACACUAUCUAUAAUUUGUUUGUGUAAUUUGUAGUAAUUGUCACUAGAUUGGGCGUUAAAAUCAUGCUGCUGUCGUGGCUGUAACUCCAGGGCGAGGAGGGAAAAUAGAGAGAAAUUAUAAAGUUUUCCUGAAAUAUUGUUUAUUUAUAAUAUUUUACUCCAUCUGGAUAAGCUUGAACAUUAGUUUCUGAUUCUGAAGGAUACGUUAGAGGAAUCUCAGGUCAGACUUUGCCCAAGAUAGAGCGGA